AUGAAACCGCUGCCCUUUCCGGUGGCCCUGAAUAUCGGUACGGACAUCGUGCAUCUCCCCCGUAUCACGCGCCUCCUCCACCGCGGCGACUACCUGACACGCUUCACGCGACGCAUCCUCCACGACCAUGAACAACGCGACUUCCGCACUCGCUUUGCCCUGCCGGCUGCCACGAAUCCGAAUACCACGGACAUGGCCCGCUGGCUCGCUGGUCGGUUCGCCGCCAAGGAAGCCGCACGCAAGGCUGCACCGAAUGGAGCGGCGAGCCUGGGAUGGAAGGACGUAAUGGUACGGGUGAGCGAGACGGACAGGGGCAGACCGGAAAUAGUCUACUUGGACGGAGAGACGCCCCGCAUUGGGAAGCUGUCCAUCUCACACGACGGGGAGUACGUUAUUGCUACUGUUCUGGCGGUCGGAUGA